CAGUCAUGUCGGAGACAGCGGCCACCACACCUGUGGGAUGUCAAGAUACCUUCCAGCAGCAAAUAUCCGGGACGACCUGAAGACGAGAGUGCGAUGAAGACAGUACUAGCUGCUUUCGUGGUCCUUGGGACAAUUUAUUCGUUUUGGGAUACAGUAUUCGCCAUCAAGUGUUUUAACUGCAAUUCCUACCACCAGCCUGAUUGUGCGGAUUGGUUUGACAAUGUCACCCAGCACCUCGUCAACUGCUUCGACUGGCAGACAAGGUGUCGAAAAGUAGUUCAAGAAGUGUGGGUGGAGGACCACUGGGAUGUGCGCUACAUCCGCCAAUGUGCCGGCAGCGGCGAGAUCGGCCCCUACGACGGGCGCGUGUGUCAGGAGCGUUACGGCUCCUACAACGUCCGCAUGCGCUACUGCCACUGCGACAACCAAGAUGGCUGCAACGCCGCGCCGCCAGCCCUCACUCCCGCCACUACUCAGUACCUGCUGCUGCUGCUGACAUCGGCAGCGCUUCAUGUCCUGGUCAACGGCUCUCCUACAGGAUGGUGCAUGAGUGGUACCUGCUGAACACCACCUGCAGUUGUCUGCUCGCUUGUUCGUGAAAAGCGUGUUUGUGUGUGUGUGUGGUGAGCGGAUGGGCUGGCUUGGAAGUUUGUGCCAUCAUAUGUAAUCACUAGUUUUAUAUACAUUUUUUAUAUACAUUGUGUUACAAGCUGCUUGCCUAUUUAAUAUUAAUAUACAGCGUUUAUCUGUGGCUUUUCUUUGGAAAUUUCGAUCGCCAAUUGUUUAUUUUUACGGCCAGUAGGCUUCUUCUGGUCUUUCAUAAAUUUUUGACUUUGUGACCGGCAGUUUGACUUACUGCCAGGAUUGUGCAGGCAUUUAGUUGUUGUUGUUUUUUUUUCCACAUCGGAACACCUCUGAUAACGUGUAGCAUAAUAUUUUAAAUCAAAAUUUUUUUUGAACAUAAUGUUGUACUUAGUUACUUUUACCAACUUAAAAGACUACCAAAACCCAACAAAGUGCUUUCGUUUCCCACCAUAGAACUGAUGAUGUUACUUUACGUACACAAAAAAGUUAUGGCUAUUACCUGGUGAAUACGUUAUCUGGGAUGUGCACUCGGUUAUAGAAGAGUAAAGAUGGCCCAACACAUUUAGAAUCCAAACACUGCUUGAAAAAAAUCAACUAUUAUAACUGUUUUUUCCGUAUUGAAUAAAAACUUGAUUGCUGAACAAAUUAAA